AUGUCAUUAAGAAAUUGUGUCGACGAUGAAGAAGAAGAACAAGGACGAUGGGGAAAUCUACCGCCAGAAUUGCUUUGGUACAUGAUAAAGAGAGUGGAAGAGACUGAAGCAUCUUGGCCUGCUCGUUUUAUUCUGUCUUGUGCUUCAGUUUGUAAGUCAUGGAGAGCAAUCACAAAGGACAUUGUUAAGACUCCUGAGCUCUCUGGACACCUCACUUUUCCCAUCUCAUUGAAACAACUAGGGCAUCGGGAUUCCCCAAUCCAAUGCUAUAUCAAAAGGAACAGAGAAACUUCUAUUUGUUCGUUGUACUUGGGUCCAGAGCCAUCAGACAAUAGGAAUGAUAUGUUUUUGUUGGCUGCCAAAAGAGAAAAAGGGUUCACACAUAUUAGUUACUUUAUAUCUUUAGUUUCUAAUGACUUUCGUCCAACCAGCGACACAUAUGUUGGCGAACUAAGGUCUAAUUUGUUCGAGGACAAGUUCACUAUAUAUGACAGUCAACCUCCAGAACAAUGUGAACCUGUUGAAGUAGUUAAACCCAUAAACAAUCAAUUUAUUCAGAGAUUAUUUUACCCUAAUAAGGUACCUGAAUACAAUGUUGAACAAGAGAAAGAGAAAGUAAUCUUGGAAUUUGCUAAGAUUGGAGAAGACGUGUUUGUUAUGGAUUACUGUUAUCCACUCUCAGCAUUUCAAGCCUUUGCCAUCUGCCUCAGCAGCUUUGAUGCUGAUGUCCCCACCUGCAGCUGUGAUUGUGGCUCCUAA